AAGGAUAAGAUAGAGCAAAGCCAUCUUUUCUUUCCUCUUGACCAUCACUUCAUAUUUUCUUCUUUUUCUUCUUCUCCUCUUUUCAUCUCUCAUCAUGCUUCCCUCUCAUGCAGAGCUAAGUGCUCCAAAUGGUUUGAAAAUCAAAGUGCCUACGGGUAUCUUUAUUAAUAACGAAUUCCGUCCGGCAAAGAAAGGAGGUGAAUUAGAAAGCUUUUACCCUGCGACAGGCGAAUUACUCUGUAAAGUUGCUAAAGGUACAGCAGAAGACGUUGAAGAUGCAGUUCAAGCAGCUCGUAAAGCUUACAAAACCGUUUGGGGUCGUAAAAUUUCAGCUUCACAACGUGGUGCGAUUAUGUACAAAUGGGCUGAAUUGAUCGAAAAGAAUAUUGAUGAAUUAGGUACUUUGGAGGCUUUGGAUAAUGGAAAACCAAAAUGGAUGGCUACAACGAUGGAUCUUGCCGAUGCAGCUGGUUGCUUCAAGUAUUAUGCUGGCUUGGCCGAUAAGAUCGAAGGAAGAACGAUGGAACAUGAUGAUAACAUGAAAUUCGCAUUCACUCGUGUAGAGCCAAUUGGUGUUUGUGGUGCAAUCAUUCCAUGGAAUUAUCCGAUCGGAAUGUUAUCCUGGAAACUGGGUCCUGCUUUGGCUGCCGGAAACACAAUCGUUCUCAAACCAGCAGAACAAACUCCAUUAUCUGCUUUGCGAUUGGCCGAACUUGCUGUCGAAGCAGGUUUCCCACCAGGUGUGAUCAAUGUCGUAAACGGAUUAGGACCAGACGUUGGUAAUGCAAUCUCUCAUCAUAUGGAUAUUGAUAAAGUUGCUUUCACCGGAAGCACAAUCACAGGACGUAAAGUCAUGGAAGCAGCCGCAAAGACUAAUUUGAAGAAAGUCACUUUGGAAUUAGGAGGUAAAUCACCUGUUGUUGUCUUUGAUGAUGUUGAUAUCGAAAAAGCAAUUCCUUGGGUCGCUUUGGCAAUGUUGUUCAAUCAAGGUCAAGAUUGUACUGCUGGCUCACGCUUGUUCAUUCAAAAGGGCAUCUAUGCUAAAUUCUUGGCCAAAUUGGUCGAAGCAUUCAAGCAACAUGGUGUAGGAGACCCAUUCUCUGAUGAUACGUUCCAAGGUCCGCAAAUUACAAAACAACAACAAGAAAAGAUUUUGGCCUAUAUCGAAUCAGGUAAACAACAAGGCGCAAAAGUUGAAGUUGGCGGUGAACCAUGGCCAGGAGCAAAAGGUCAAUUCGCAAACGGUUAUUGGGUUGCACCAACAAUCUUUUCAGGAUGCAAAAAAGGAAUGAAAAUCUUUGAUGAAGAAAUUUUUGGACCUGUUUUAGCUGUUGCAUCUUUCGAAACGGAAGAAGAAGUGAUUGAAAUGGCAAACGAUACAAUGUAUGGUUUGGGAGCAGGAAUCUUUUCCGAAAACGGUUCUAGAUGCAUGCGUAUGGUUUCUGCCAUUGAAGCAGGUACCGUUUGGGUGAACAAUUAUGCUCUUUUGAGCAAUGCAGUACCAUUUGGAGGAAUGAAACAAUCCGGUUUCGGUCGUGAAUUGGGCAUCGAAGCUUUGAAAGAGUACACUCAACUCAAAAGUGUACACUGGAACGUCAACGAAACUCUCGAAUGGCCUCCUAAAGCAUAAGAUUUCCUUUUCUCACGAUAUCAUUUGUAAAUUUUUUUGCCAUUCCUAACGAACGAAAUUGUCCUUUUAGUGUGAAUAUAUGUACAGUGGGUAAUUGUCCUGAGGGCGGUAAUAUACAAUGAGAGGAAAGGGUAAAUAGGAUUACAAGAAUGCCACAGUCAUUGACCCAGGUCGAACGACAUCAGUCCAUAAAGCCGGGAAGCCAUCUUCAUCUGUUCUUUUCCAAACCUCUUUGACGGCUUGUCUUGAAGCAUCUGCAACUGCUUCAUUAUGACCAAC